AUGCAGGACAUGGAAGCAACGAACCCACUUGUACGCGCUCUGGCGCUGCGAACAAUCGCAUAUGUACAUGUACGGGAGUUUGUCGAAGCCACCGUGCAGCCGCUCAAGGGCUUAAUGGGCGAUAUGGACCCGUAUGUUCGGAAGACCGCUGCUUUCUGCGUUGCCAAGCUGUAUGAGCACGAUAGGAAGAUGGUUGAGACAUCUGACCUAAUCGCUCGCCUGAACGAGAUGUUGAAGGACGAAAACCCAACGGUUGUAUCGAGUGUCUUGGCCUCCUUGGUGGACAUUUGGGGGCGGAGUGAAACCAUAUCCCUGACAAUCGAUUACUCGAGUGCAUCGAAGCUAGUGUCUAUCUUGCCAGACUGUUCAGAAUGGGGUCAAACUUAUAUUCUGGAGGCUCUCAUGUCAUAUGUCCCGCAAGAUUCCGCAGAGGCCCUGCUAUUAGCAGAACGCAUUGCGCCCCGACUCUCUCACUCCAACUCUGCGGUAGUCCUCACAUCGAUCCGCGUCAUUCUUUACCUCAUGAACUAUAUUGCGGACGAACGACACGUUACUUCUCUCUCGAAGAAACUAUCACCGCCUCUGGUGACUCUCCUAUCAAAACCCCCGGAGGUGCAGUAUCUUGCGCUCCGUAAUGCCAUACUUAUCCUACAAAAGCGGCCAGAAGUACUUCGGAAUGAUAUCCGAGUCUUCUUCUGCAACUACAAUGACCCCAUCUACGUCAAAGUGACGAAGCUCGAGUUGAUAUUCAUGUUAACUACUAAGGAAAACAUCUCUGUUGUGCUGGCAGAACUGAGAGAGUAUGCGACCGAGAUUGAUGUUCACUUUGUGCGCAAGGCCGUCCGUGCCAUUGGAAAGUUAGCGAUCAAGAUCGAGUCUGCUGCUAAGCAAUGCAUUGAUACGCUUCUCGAUUUGGUGAACGCCAAGAUUCCUUACAUUGUCCAAGAAGCAACAGUGGUCAUCCGCAACAUCUUCCGCAAAUACCCUAAUCAGUACGAAAGCAUUAUCGGUCAGGUUAUCCAGAACAUCGACGAGCUUGACGAACCGGAAGCCAAGGCAGCCAUCAUCUGGAUCAUUGGACAAUACGCAGACCGCAUUGAAAACUCCGACGGCCUUCUCCAGGACUAUCUCGCCACCUUCCACGACGAGACAAUAGAAGUGCAACUGGCCCUCCUGACCGCAACAGUCAAGCUCUUCAUCCAACGCCCAACAAAGGGCCAACAGCUCGUCCCGCAAGUCCUCAAGUGGUGCACAGAGGAAACAGACGACCCCGACCUCCGCGACAGAGGAUACAUGUACUGGCGCCUCCUCUCUACAGACCCAACCACCGCCCGCCAAGUCGUCAUGGGUCAGAAACCGCCCAUCUCCGCCGAAAGCGAGAAGCUCGAUUCCCGCACUCUCGAAGAGCUCUGCCUGAACGUCGGCACUUUGGCUACAGUAUACCUCAAGCCCGUGCAGCAGGUCUUUCGCUCCGCGCGCACUAGACGCCUGCAGUAUAGCCCGGCGCUGCAGAAGACACAGGAGGAUCUCACAUCGACGACCUGGCAGUAUGCGGCUCCAGUCGCGGCCCCGAACCCCGUUACCUCGCCCAACGCAGCUGCAAAUGGAUCAGCGACCACACCGGGUGGUAGCACGAAUGAUGCUGUGAACGCGGCGGACAACUACUUUAGCAGUGUGGCCGCGGGGACGCAGCAGAUGGCCGCUCUGGACCUUGGUGGUCGUGAAGACGGUGGUCUUGGUGGUGGUGGCGCGCCGCCACUGCAGUAUGUCGUCAACCAGAACCAGCAGCAGGCGUAUCAGCCUCAGUUGGCUGGUGGUGCGGCAACGGGGGAGCUUUUACUAUUGUAA